AUGGUGGGAGAUGCGCGCGAUAGUCUAGAUGGAGAAUGCUCCAAUCUAGGGGACGAUGAGCUCAAGCUCAAGUUUAUACCAAACACAACUGUGUCUUCUCAUCACCUGAGGAAUUCAUCAGUACCCUCUGUGAAACUUCUUCUCGGCUCCCCUUGCUUGGACGAGCUGCCCUUUGGAUAUAAGCUUCGUCGUUUCUGGCCACGAUCUGUCAUUGGUGUCAUCGUCCCUCCGCUGGUUACGGGGUAUUAUACGUUUUUGGUCAUGUAUUAUCUGGAGUCUCAAAACGAAGACAUAAAUCAUUUGAAGGUGGGGCCGAGAGGGGCGAACUUUGCGUUUUGGAGCUGGUUCCUUAUCGGCGUUUUUGGAUUGAACCUAUCGCAAUAUGGCCUCAUCGGUACCGAAGCGGGAAUUUUGAUGUAUAAUCAAUCUCUGGGACCCAAAGACGCACUCCAACUGAUGAUGCAUGCGGACCGGACAUGGAGUGGCCCCAGCGGCUGGCUAAAGAUACUUCGAAAAUCUAUGUUCCUCUGGAAGAAAGACGAACGGUCUAGUCAACGUACUCGAGACCACACCCCAUCUGGUUUAUUCUCCUAUUUUUGA